AUGGGAAAUUAAUGUUGUACAACAGGCCCAAAUGGGGAAAAUAUUGAAGAAGUACAUUUUAAGCCUUAAAGUCCUGAUUCUCCCUUAUAUUUAGAAGCAAAAGAAGAAGAAUAAAAUAUAAAUAUAACAAAUAAAAAUACGAAUUUAAAUGUUCAAAAUGCAAAUGUAAGUGAUACAUCAAUAGGAAAAUUUGAAAAACAAGUAAAAGAAUAAAGCAUUUAGUAAGUUUAAAAAAAACUAAGUUUGAAACCUGUAAUUACAUAAAAUAAUCAACAAAAUGAAUAAUAAUAAGAAGAAAACGAUGUUUAAUAAACUCAUUGUCCAAACGACAGUUUAGCAAAAAAAAUUUCAUAAAUUCCAGUUUAUGAUAAUCCUGCAACAAAAAAAUCAUAUGAAAAAUGCGGAUAAUUCAUUUAUGAUGAAGACACUCAAGAAGAUGAAUUUUUGCCUAAAUUAGGUCCUUAUGAAUUUGAUAAUUCUGCAGUUUACCUUGGUUAAUGGAAAAAUGGCUAAAGACAUGGUAAAGGUAAAUAAUAUUGGCAAGAUGGAUCUUUUUAUGAAGGUUAUUGGAGAAAUAAUAUGGCAAAUGGAAAAGGUAGACUGAUCCAUGCAGAUGGAGAUAUUUAUGAAGGAGAAUGGUAAAAUGAUAAAGCACAUGGAAAAGGAUUUUAUGAUCAUACAGAUGGGGCUAAAUAUGAAGGAUAUUGGUAUGAAGAUAAAUAGCAUGGGGCUGGAAUCGAGACAUGGCCUGAUGCGGCUAAGUAUGAAGGAGAAUAUGAUAUGGGAAAAAAACAUGGAAAAGGUAUUUUUCAUUGGGCUGAUGGAUCAGUUUAUAAUGGCUAAUUUAAUAAUAAUAAUAUACAUGGAUAUGGAACUUAUGAAUGGGCAGAUGGAAGAAAAUAUAUUGGAGAAUGGAAAAAUAAUAAGAUGGAUGGUAAAGGAUAAUUUUAAUGGGCUGAUGGACGAAAAUAUAACGGAGAUUAUUUAGAUGAUAAAAAACAUGGAUAUGGUGUCUUUGAAUGGCCUGAUGGAAGAAAAUAUUAAGGAUAUUGGGAAAACGGUAAAUAACAUGGAGUUGGAGUAUAUAUAGGUUCAAAUGGAUAAGAAAGAGAAGGAGAGUGGAUAGAUGGAAAACGCAUAAAAUGGACAAAAAAAACUGAAGAAGAAGAACAUGAGUGA